GCAAAUAUGUGGUCUGGCGAUAAGCCCCGCCCCUCCAGGUGUCCGCGUUUAUAAGGGCGUUAAUGAGCUCGCGAACAUGUCGGAGAAUUUAGCAGCGUGGAUUCACAUAUUUAAGGCAAAUGAGUGACUCGGAGAAACCGGAGGAGAAAGGGGACUUUGUCCCUGAGCCCAGCUGGCCCGAAAAUGGAGAUCAGUGGAGCGAUGCAGAAGAUGCAGGUGACCUGGAGGAAUCUGGACUUAUUCAAGACAUGGUGGAAGAGGACGAGGAGAUCGACUUGUACAAUGAAGAGACCUUUGGAUUAGACCUAAAUGCUGAAGAUCUGGAGACUGAUCCUGUUGAUCUUCUUUUAAUGAAUGGAAACCAACCCUCCUCACCUCAUCCACCAUCACCACAUGAGACUACCCCAAUCCAUCAAUCAUCUCCUCCCAGCCCUCAAGUCAAAAUCGAACGACAGAUUCCCACAAUCCUGAGUGAGAACUUCCGCAGCCGAAGGGAGCGUGUUUGUAAGGGGCAGCUGCUGGAUGACCCGGCAGUGAUGAGGACCGUGGAAGGUCCACCCAGUCUCAAGAGUUUGGACAGCGCUAUCGUGGACUGUGGACGAAGUUCAGGCUGGGGGGAUCUCAACGCAAACACGUGGAUGAUGUCACCUUACGGCCCAACGAGACAGACGCCGCUCUUACAAGACAAAGCCAUUGUGCGAGUGAUCGACAGGUCGUCCCGUGGCAGGAUGCCGUUCACGUCACCUGCUUUGCGGUCCCCAUUGCAGAGGCCUCUCCCUCAGCAGGUGCCCAUGUGCCCGGUAAUGCCCAGAACUCCAUUACACCCUCAGAGUCCAUUCUCCAUUAAACAGCACUUCAACCAGCCAGCUAUUUAUCUCUCACCAUCCACGCCACGCUUCCAUUCACCCAAAAUGAUGCCACUCCAGUUUGGACCAAACUCUCCUCGGCCUGGCCCCUGUUUCAGCCCUUUACCCAGUCCGCUCCCUCAGAGAUUCAGAUUCCCAGUCCUGGCGACGCAGCUCCAUCCACAGCACAAGAGAUUGCUGAGUCGGCGUCCGCAAGGCUUUCGGCGAAAGCCAAAAGACUGGGAUCAUUACGCUGAGCUUAUGUCCACCAAAGAGAAGGAGUGGAUCAUUAAGCUGCAGAUGAUCCAGCUACAAAGUGAGAACCCACAUCAGGAUGAUUAUUACUACCAGGAGUACUACCGGAGACUGGAGGCCAAAUUGGCCGAGGAAGAAAUGCUGGGUGAUCGCGCCAAGAGGGAACCACCUAAACUCACUACGCCAUAUGUCAACAAAACCGUAUCAUACACUCCAGUGGUUCACAUCGAAGGCUCGCUCGGUCAAGUCGCCGUUUCUACGUGUUACUCACCUCGUCGGGCCAUUGACGCAGUCCAUGGGCACACGGGGGAGGAACAGAAGGACACCAGACAACAGAGACUCGAGGUGCUGAACACCAUUGAGAAGUGCUACAUCAUUUUAUUGGGGGUGGAGGAAGCCCAGAGGAUGAAGGCUAGUGUUUCGGACGAGGCCGAGAGGCAGAGAAGGCUGAAGACCGUUCAGAGGGGUGUGGAGCAGAUCAGCAGCCAGCUACGCAACCCCAACUCUUUGGAGUCUGCAGAAGAGUUUCUUCCAUGUCUCUUGGUUUCCAAAGGAAAAAAACUGUUGGCAAGGCUCCUUCCAUUUCUAUCCCACGAUGCAUCUCUGCAGGUUCUAAGAGCGAUCACGACACACCUGCCGGCACUGAUGAGCCGAGACGUCGAUGAGGCCCUUCCUGUCCUCUAUCCGUCUCUCCGAGCCGUGAUCGGAACGUUGACCUUCACCCAGCUGGUCGGCAUUCUCCGUGACUUCACCGCAGCUAUACCUGACUCGAAAGACUCUCGCUUAACGCUGGCCUGCCAAAACAAGUUUGGUCUGUCGUUGCUGUACGUGCUGCUAUCACAAGGCGAGCGACUCCUGACCUCAGACGUUCCGAUGGAACCAAGCAUUGGCGAUUUUGAGACCUGGACUGACACCGUUUUUCACGUGGCACGGCAGCUCUCGCACUCGUCCCUCAUCGAGCCGCUCUGCUUACCCUCCAAUCUGCUCACGCUGUUCUGUCGCUAUUUGGACAAACGCACCGUACAGCAGCUCAAGAACAACAUGGAGUCUUCAACUGGAUAUCUGGCUGUGGGUUCCUGAGAGGAAAUGUCCUUAU